AUGCAUCACCUGAGCUACCAGGCAGAAACCAUCGGCAUGUUUUGGAGUCACAGUUGGCAUGGUGAGGCUUGGAGAAAGUGGAUCACCCUUCUAUUCUUCUACAAUGGUCAAACUGCGGCUGCUAUCGCAUGCACUGGGUCCACUGUAGCCUCUAUCCUUUUUGCCUUCGAGGUCUUGCCCGUGUUGAUUGGGCCAGACAACUACUCCGAAAAUGUGCCCGCGAGCAUGUGGCAAUCCUUCUGGGCAGCCCUGGUCGGCAUGAUUUUGUACUUGUCGGUGCUGGUAUUUUGGAGACCCAGCGGAUCCAUCUUCCUAGACGUGAUCUGCAUCGAUCAAACGAAUAAACGCGGUAAAGCAGACGGAUUGCUGAGCAUAGGUGCUUUCCUCAAGUCAUCACAGUCAAUGCUGGUCUUGUGGGAUGCCACGUACAGCAGUCGUUUGUGGACCAUGUUUGAGAUUGCUGGCUUCUUGAAGAGCCGUAAAGAGGGAGAGAGGCCUAGAAUCGUCUUGCGGCCCACCAUGCUGGGCCCAUGCUACCUCCUACAGACACUGACGGUAUUUCUCGUGUUUACCGUCCUUGACAAUAUCAGUGUGCACCUCUCAGCUGACACACAAUGGGUGCUGUGGGUACUUUACGCGCCUGUUUGUUUUUGUGGCCUGUACAUCAACACGGCCACUUUCAGGAUAUACUUUCGCUCUGUGAACGAUUCCAUGGAUCGACUGGCUUGCUGGAGUCUUGCAGAUGUCAGUUGCUUCUGCUGCAGUGAUGGCCACAAUCAGAGCCGUGGACUCUGUGACAGAGAGAUCGUGCUCAAGUGCAUCCGCACAUGGUUCGGCAGCGUUGAAGAGUUCGAAAACCGUGUGCGGACGGAGCUCUUGGACACGUUUAGCUACGAGCAGUCCAGGCAACCCUUCACAUACAGACAGGUCGCGACUGCUCUUGUGCCUGUGAUCUGGAGCUAUCUUGACAGAGCCUCGGCCUGGGCCAGGUUCACAACAUACGAUGAUCCUCGGACUCAGGCAUCCAGAGAGGUCAUCAGAGGACUGGCAUGGUGGCUGGGUGUCGCGCCUGUGGCGUUUCUUGUCCAAUGUCGACUCGCAUGUUUGUUACAGAGGAAGUCGAAUUGCGAGCCCUUGCUCAACUUGCUGCCGCUGCUAGCCUCCGUUUUGGUCAUCUUCACCGCACUUUUGUGUGAGCAGCUGUUGUUUGAGCACCGGUUUGUUCGUGGCGAUGGACAUGUGGUCAACAUGGCUCUGCUCGCCGCGGCUGUGCUGCCAUUAGCAUGGCUGCUUUACAGAUAUGUUGGUGCUGGCCCCGUGGUGAGAGCUCGGACACACAGUUGGAAUGUAUUGUGA